UCCUUGUCGUCUUCUUUCUUCAGCUGAAUCGAACCUUUUCUUUGUUCGGGAAAGACGGGGAGUCGCAACAGGUCAAUUGUCAAUGAAAGACUUGAAAGAGAGCCGAGUCCGGCCAUUUUCUCAUGAAAGCGGGUCUUAAUGUAAUAAACUGAGAGUCCUCGCGAACCCCGCUCCUAUAGUAAUCCUUUUGAAACGCCAAGUAAUCGAUCACUUCGCGCGAUGGCGAUGUCAACAGCAGCUUCAGCGGCCGGUGCACUUCCAAAUGGGCCUCCCAGCCUAGGAGGUCCGGGCGCAAUGACAGACACGGCAUUUAACAGCCGCCAGCGUAGAAAUGGAGUUGUGGCUGGUUUUGAACAACAAAAUUGCAUUGGCCCAUGGAUUGUACCUGGUCGGACUUGUGUGCCAGAACCUUGGCCUGCGGCCCUCAUUCCACCUAACACUCCUCUUGACCACUUCCAAAGACCAUCGUUACUCAUGGUGCCCUGCCCUUGGCCUGCGCGUCCGGUGCUGGCGCCAGUGGCGCCAGCGCCAUGGCCUACGAGAAUCCAUUUGAAGAAAACGAAACUUAUCAAUUAUCCAUGUGAUGCAAUGGUAAUACCGACUGAUAACACGAUGCUGAUAAAUAAUACCUCGAAUCUCUUUCAAGCCGAAUGGUUGACUCUUGCAGAUGAUCCUUUCGUACCUGUGGGAACGUUAGCGACUGGGUUCCUAGCCGCAGCUCGUCCCGCAGGAUUGCCCCAACUGACAGCACAAGCAAUGCCACCCUUUGCUAAUAGCCGCCUGAAUACGAUGCACGUCCUUGUACACUGUGAAGUUGAUGCUAUAGUCGCCCAAGCUGCAAUUCCAGCCCAUGUUUACCCGCCUGGGAUAGGGACACCGAUUCAAAGAGCCGAUUAUCAUCUAAGACAGUGUUACUAUAUAGCUUUGAGGGAGGCGUCGAAUCCAACUGUACUGCCUGGUGCGGCUGUUAAUAUUGCGGCAUUAUCUAUUGCGAGUAUUGGCGGGAUUGCCCAAGUCUGGCCUGCUGUCCGUACUAUAGCUAUCCCAAUCAUGGGUAUAGGUACACCGGCUAGAAACGGCUACGGCUUCGACAGGGCUGCAGAUCAAGCAGGCAGGGCUUUGAAAGAAUGGUUUUGGCCCACGUUGAAUAGUGAAACCGUCCAAGGUCUUGCUGCACCCGCUCUCCUGGUGGAGAGGACUCGCCGCAGACAGCAAUUCGAUGACAUUUUUGUGUGCAUUCCGAAUGGCACUGGUGCAAGGAUCGAUCCCCCACAAGCAACCGCUGCACUAGAUAUAUACCGUAGGCCGAUGGGAGAACUAACACAUGCCGCCCAUCAAGCGUUUUUCAAACAUCUCCGCUGCCCAACUUGUAGCAGGGGGAAAUUUUGAUCAAAUAGUAAGAAAACGUCUAUUGUGCUGAAUUUGAUCUGAGACUUGCCUGUUUUAAAUGUACUUGAAUGUAGUGUUGUGUCGACUGUGGAGUCAUGGCUAUUUUAUUCUAAGAGAGGAUGUUCGCGAGACGGUAUAAUCAUGCGAGGCGAAGUGCAAAUCGGGGGAAGGAUUGUGUUAAUAUUAUAGUCAUUUGAGUAU